GCCCCUUUCUUGAGCGCAGAAACACUUACUUUUCCCCCUACCCUGCUCCUCCUCCUCCACAGCCGUCUUUCUCUUUGCCUCAGCCACUUCCUUUCUUGGCCUCACCCUCCCCAGUGCACUGAAGAAGGUAACCGGGUCCGGACCCACGCGGCGCCAGUUCUCCCGCGGGAAGGAAAACCGGGCAGAGAGGCAGCAAUGAAUGUGGAUCACGAGGUUAACCUCUUAGUGGAGGAAAUUCAUCGUUUGGGUUCAAAAAAUGCUGAUGGAAAGUUAAGCGUGAAAUUUGGGGUCCUCUUCCGAGACGAUAAAUGUGCCAACCUCUUUGAAGCAUUGGUAGGAACUCUCAAAGCUGCAAAACGAAGGAAGAUUGUAACGUAUUCAGGAGAGCUGCUUCUGCAAGGUGUUCAUGAUGAUGUUGACAUUGUAUUACUGCAAGAUUAAUGUGGUUCACAUAUCUUUUAUGUACUGCCAUUUUUUGUUUCUGGUAAACUGGAAUAUAAAGUGAAAGAACAAACAUUUGAACAUACUUAAUGUAUUUUUAUAGAACUUUGUAAACAAGAGGAGAUUAAUGUUUUAGAAGUCUGUCCUUUUUUAUAUCUUGAAAGAAAAUUUAUGUAUGAUGCUAUAAAAUAAACAAAUCCUAUUAUUUUUCUCAGGAAUCUGGUUGGGAAUUGUAGGCAAUGAGGUUUUUUGGGAGGCGGGGACAGGGGAAUGUUUGUUUCAUAAAUAAUUAGACAUUUUCUAUAGAUAUUUGACAUUCUGCAAAAGCAACAAGCAAAUUGAAGACCAACUCCUAUGAGAAAUAUUAUAAUGUUUAUGUAAUAAAGACAUGUAGCUGUCUCAAAAUU